GGGCGUCCGUCAAGCUGGAUGCAGAGGUUUGCUCUCUGCUGCGCUUCUUCCGAACGGCCUCUCCCCGCCGCCGGGAUCUUCGUCUCCGAUCCCAACCGAGUUCCUUCCGGCACCUGCUCAUCCUCGGCUCGCACCGGCGUUCCCCGAACUCUCUCCUGGCAUCCUCUCUCCCAACCCUUAAUUUGGACAACCCUACUGAUCCACUACCCUUUCAUUUUCGUUGCUCCGGUGAAAGAGCGGGACUUCGUCCCUUUCUUACCACACUCGCCACCAGGCUAACUCCUCUUCCAUCUGCCUGCAUCACUUCGUUCACCUUUCCUCUCCGGUCCUGUAAAGCCGUAGGGCUUCCGUCGUCGACGCACCUUCGCGAUCACUACCUGCUGCCCGUCGCCCUAACUCCACUCCCAGUUGCAAACGUAGAUCCACGUUCUCCCGAUCCUUAACAGGAACCCAUUGUUGAUUGCUCAGUUAGAGUUAACAUUGAUUGACUUAGAAUUUGCGUCUGGAGAAGCAGAGGAAGAUGGCAGAUGAAAGCUAUUUGAAGACCUGGGUCUCAGACAAGCUAAUUUCUCUGAUAGGUUACUCCAAAAGUGUUGCUGUACAAUAUGUUAUUAGAUUAUCCAAGGAGUCAUCUUCUCCUGCUGAUCUUGUGCGUAAGCUUGUGGAGUUUGGUUUUUCUUCAUCAACAGAAACCCGUUCUUUUGCCGAGGAUAUGUAUGCCAAGGUUCCACAUAAGCAAGCUGGUCCUAGUAACUAUCAGAGGGCUGAGAAAGAAGCAUCUCAAUAUGCAAAGAAGCAAAGGGCUUACAAACUUCUGGAUGAUGAUGAUGAUGGUGACACAGGGAUGAUAACACCAGCUACUGUAUCUUCUGAGGGAAAGUUGGAUUCUCGUCAAAAGCAUUUUAGAAAGAAGAGGAAGAUUGAUGAUGAUGAAGAUAAUGAGGAUAGACAUGAGGGACACGUCCAACAUGUUCAAAACCAGACAUCAAAAAUCGACGAAGAUGAUGAUGAUUCAGAAGAAGAGAGGAGGCGAGAUCAAGAAGAAAGAGCACAAUUAGAGAGGAAUAUCAGAGAGCGAGAUGCAGCUGGGACACGAAAGUUAAUGGAGCCAAAAUUGACAAAGGAGGAGAAAGAGGAACAAAUUCGGAGGUCAAAGGCUCUUGAGGAUAAUGAUACUUUGGAAUUAAGGAAAGUUUCGAGGCAAGUAUAUUUACAGAAAAGGAGGGACCAGAAGCUCUUGGAACUCAAGGAUGAGAUUGUUGAUCAUGAAUAUAUAUUUGAGGGUGUUAAACUGACUGAAGCAGAAGAAAGCCAACACAGGUUCAAAAAAAAAAUUUAUGAACUCGCAUCAGAGCACAUAGAGGAUGUGGAUGACAUCAAUGAGUAUAGGAUGCCUGAGGCAUAUGACCAAGAAGGAGGUGUAAAUCAAGAGAAAAGAUUUGCUGCAGCUAUCCAUAGAUACAGAGAUCCUGGUGCUGGAGAUAAGAUGGACCCUUUUGCUGAACAGGAAGCAUGGGAAAACUAUCAAAGUGGGAAGGGAACUUUAAAAUAUGGUUCGAGGAACAAGCAAGCUCCUGCUGACUAUGAGUUUGUCUUAGAAGAUGGUAUUGACUUCAUCAAGGAGUCCAUUAUGGAUGGAGUCAAUUUUGAAGAUGAAAUGUCUUCUGAGAAACCUGAUGAUUCAACUGCAAAGAAUGCAUUGCAAAAACUUCAAGAAGAGAGACAGACUCUGCCAAUUUACCCUUAUAGGGAUGAAUUGCUCCAAGCUAUUCAUGACCAUCAGGUCAUGGUCAUUGUUGGAGAAACAGGUUCCGGUAAAACAACUCAAAUACCACAGUAUUUACAUGAGGCGGGAUAUACAAAACACGGAUUGGUUGGUUGUACUCAGCCACGGCGUGUUGCAGCCAUGAGUGUGGCUGCAAGGGUUUCUCAGGAGAUGGGGGUCAAACUUGGGCAUGAGGUUGGAUAUUCAAUUCGAUUUGAAGAUUGUACAUCAGAAAAGACUAUUCUCAAAUAUAUGACUGAUGGAAUGUUGCUCAGGGAAUUCCUUAGUGAACCUGACUUGGCUAGCUACAGUGUUAUAAUGGUUGAUGAGGCGCAUGAGCGAACUCUGUCAACAGACAUCUUGUUUGGAUUGGUAAAGGAUAUAACUCGUUUCCGCAAAGAUCUUAAGCUCCUUAUAUCAAGUGCAACACUGGAUGCUGAAAAAUUCAGUGAUUACUUUGAUUCUGCCCCAAUUUUCAAGAUACCAGGGAGACGAUUUCCUGUAACAAUAAAUUUCACAAAAGCACCGGAAGCUGAUUAUAUAGAUGCUGCCAUUGUCACAGUACUUCAGAUACAUGUAACUCAACCCCCUGGGGAUAUUCUUGUAUUUCUUACAGGUCAGGAGGAAAUUGAAACGAUUGAUGAAAUACUUAAGCACAGGACAAGGGGCUUAGGUACAAAGAUAGCAGAACUAAUAAUAUGCCCCAUUUAUGCAAACCUUCCUACUGAGCUCCAGGCAAAAAUAUUUGAACCUACUCCAGAUGGUGCUCGUAAAGUUGUGUUGGCUACUAACAUUGCAGAAACGUCCCUUACAAUUGAUGGCAUAAAGUAUGUCGUGGAUCCUGGAUUUUGUAAAAUAAAAUCAUACAAUCCACGAACUGGUAUGGAAUCAUUGUUAAUAAAUCCAAUCUCAAAAGCAUCAGCGAUGCAAAGGGCUGGAAGAUCUGGACGUACUGGCCCUGGAAUGUGUUUCCGUCUUUACACUGCAUAUAAUUUUCAGCAUGAUCUGGAUGAUAAUACUGUACCAGAAAUUCAAAGAACAAACCUUGCUAAUGUCGUACUGACACUGAAAAGUCUGGGGAUCAAUGAUUUGGUAAAUUUUGACUUCAUGGAUCCUCCACCCUCAGAGGCAUUGCUAAAGGCCCUGGAACAACUUUAUGCUCUCAAUGCAUUAAACAGCCUUGGUGAAUUGACUAAGACUGGAAGGAGGAUGGCAGAGUUUCCACUAGAUCCCAUGCUGUCGAAAACGAUUGUUGCUUCAGAGAAGUACAAGUGCUCUGAAGAGGCUAUAACUAUUGCCUCAAUGCUUUCUAUUGGUAAUUCAAUAUUUUAUCGUCCGAAGGACAAACAAGUGCAUGCAGAUAAUGCUAGGAUGAAUUUUCAUACUGGGAAUGUUGGGGAUCAUAUUGCCUUGCUUAAUGUUUACAAUUCUUGGAAGGAAACUAACUACUCAACCCAGUGGUGCUAUGAGAACUAUAUUCAGGUCCGUAGUAUGAAGCGGGCAAGGGAUAUCAGAGAUCAAUUGGAAGGUCUCUUAGAAAGGGUUGAGAUUGAACCAACUUCAAACCUGAGCGACCUAGAUGCAGUGAAGAAGGCCAUAACUUCAGGAUUCUUCCACCAUUCAGCAAAACUGCAAAAAACUGGUGCGUACAAAACAGUCAAAAAUCCUCAAACGGUGCAUAUUCAUCCAAGCUCUGGUCUCGCAGAGGUGCUACCACGCUGGGUCAUUUACCAUGAACUUGUACUUACAACGAAAGAGUAUAUGCGACAGGUCACAGAAUUGAAACCGGAUUGGUUGAUAGAAAUUGCUCCGCAUUAUUAUCAGAUGAAGGAUGUUGAAGAUGCCUCAACAACGAAAAUGCCUCGUGGAAAAGGGCUAGCAGCAGAUUAAAUACUAGGUGGCUGAGCCAUGGAAGAUGUUCAUCUGAGAGGGAAACACCAGCUUCUUUUCUGCAGAUGGUUUCCCUUAAACUUGGCAUGCUGUCCUUUAUUGCAAGAGAAGAAGAGUAAUCCCUCUCCUUCAUACCGAGUUUGUGUACAUACAGAUGCAAAAAUUUGUCUGAUAAGUCACCACUAUGCAGAAGAUAGAAUAUUAUGUAGAAGUUGAGGCAUGUAAUUAAUAUUGAUCAUGUUGAGCUCUGAUUUCAUAGAUUAUAGCUAACUUGGAGCUAGUGUUUAGGGAUUGACAAAUUUUGGUAGUAUUUACUGCUGUAGAUUGUUCUUUUUUUUUUUUUUUUUUAAAAGGUUCGAUGAGCAGUCUGUAACAAGUUAUGCAAUCAAAGCUAUGGUUUAUUGUUGACUAGUU